AUGCCCUGGGCCCUGCACCACCUCCAUCAGGCUCCACGAUCUGGGAGUCUACCUAUUGCCCAGGCCCCGCACACUCAGGCCCCGGCACCUCGGCCCCAGCACCUCGGCACCCGCACCUCGGCACCGCACCGUCGGCCCCGCACCUCGGCCCCGCACCUCGGCCCCGCACACUCGCCCCGCACCUCGGCCCCGCACCUCGGCCCCCGCACUCGGCCCCGCACCUCCCGGUCUCCCCGCACCUCACCAGGCAACCACCGCACCCGGCCCCCGACACCUCGAAGCCCACCCCGCACGCUAAACAACACCGCACCUCGGCCCGCCCGCCCGCACCUACGUGCCCCGCACCUCGGCCCCGCCACCUCGGCCCCGCACCUCGGCACCCGCACUCCGGCCCGGCACCUCCGCCCCGCACCUCGGCCACCGCACAUCGGCCCCUACCUCGGCGACCCCCGCACCCUCGGGCCCCCGCACUCUCGUGCGGCCCCGCACCUCGGCCCCGCACUCGGCCCCGCACCUCGGCCCCCGCACCUCGGCCCCGGCACCUCGGCCCCGCACCUCGGCCCCGCACCUCGGCCCCCGCAACCUCGGCCCCGCACCUCGGCCCCGCACUCGGCCCCCCGCAACCUCGGCCCCGCACCUCGGCCCCCGCACCUCGGCCCCGCACCUCGGCCCGCACCUCGGCCCGCACCUCGGCCCCGACACCUCGGCCCCGCACCUCGGCCCCACCUCGGCCCCGCACCUCAGCCCCGCACCUCGGCCCGCACCUCGGGCCCCGCACCUCGGCCCCGCACCUCGCGCCCGCCCGCAGCCUCGGCCCCGCACCUCGGCCCCGCACUCGGCCCCGCACCCUCGGCCCCGCACCUCAGCCACCUCGCACCUCAGCAAACCCAGCCCUCUCAACUCCUAGGCAGAAGCUGGGGGGAGCACUGC